AACUGCACUGUCUCAACCUGCCCCAUCAUAACCUCCUACUACAACUACCGCAUUGCCCUCGCUCCUAACGCCUUAUUUCUAGCUUUCCUGAUAUUUCUCUUUACCUGGCGUCACACUCGCCUCACUGGUCUGUAUUUCUUCCUCGCCAUGGAAGUUGGGAUUAUUUUUGAAGUAUUAGGAUAUGCUGGGCGAGUAAUGAGCUGGAAGGAUCAAUGGGGACAAAAUGGGUUUAUUAUGCAGUUUGUUUGUUUGACUAUCGCGCCGGCUUUCUUUUCGGCGGGGAUUUAUUUGUGUUUGGGACGGAUUGUCGUUGUGUACAGCGAGAAACAUUCGAGGUUGCCUGCGGGGUGGUAUACACGAAUUUUCAUACCCUGCGACAUAGUCUCUAUGGUCCUCCAAGGCAUCGGCGGCGGCAUCGCCUCCGUAGCCAUCCAAAAUAACGGACCCCUAGAAUUCCUAACAACAGGCGAUAAUGUCAUGAUUGCCGGUCUCGCAACUCAAGUAUUCACCAUGUUCGUAUUCAUGAGUCUCUGUGUUGACUUCGGAUUGCGAGUCCGAUGGUCCAGGUCAAAAAACCUCCCUACUACUACAUCUAUCCCAGGAACCAAAACAUCUUCCUCAAAGGCCAUCUGGAGUACGAAAGUUGAGAAGAGUUGGUUGUUCAAAAGCUUUCUAAUAGCAUUAGCUAUUGCCACCGUCUGCGUAUUCUGGCGAUCGGUAUUCAGAGUCAUAGAACUAAAUGCCGGCUGGAUGGGAUCAUUGACGUUUAAGCAAAAUUUGUUUGUGGGCUUUGAGGGGGUGCUGAUGGUUAUUACUGUCCUCGUCUUAACAAUUUUCCAUCCAGGAUUCUGUAUGGGGGAAGCUAUGAGUGGGAGGCUGGGCGGU